AGCGUAGAAGCAAACCAUACUGUUUAGCAUGUAAUCAGAUUGUAGCUUGCUCUUGAUUAUACACCACACUAAUUGCAUAUUGUGCUCUUCGAAUCGAUUGUACCACUUACCACAAACCAUAUAUAAACUGCACGAAAAAUCCUCCCAGAGCUAUUCAAGUUCUAGUGUUGCUCUAUCCCUAGUGCAACCUCAUCUUAAAGCUAAAUUUGUCCUCAGCAAUGGAACAAGAAAUAAACCAAAUAAUCUCCUUUCUGCGACGCCCUUUGAAAUGGCUCGGUUUUGAUGUGAUCGAUCCAAACUGGAAGGUGACGCCGUUGACAAUGUUCACGAUUGUCAUGUUUGCCUUGCAACACUACACCAGCUACUUGUAUUUAUCUACCCAUCUGGAUAUGUUCGAUAUGUUCACCGAAUGCUUUUCCACAUCGGCCGUCGCGCUGGAGAUAGCGAUCCGGAUGGGCUUGCUGGUACACCAACGCGAGCUGCGGAACGAAACGAUCGAAAUCAUACGCCAACAACACAAAAUGUUUGGAAACAGUGCUGCGAUCAGGAAGGUUACGGCUCGGUUCCACAAGCUGAUUUCCGUGACACUGCACGCACUUGCCGCAUGCUACAUGUCGACGAUGAUGUUCGAGCUGAUCCCGAUCGUGUCUCCCAAUCCGAGAAAGAGCAAUCUUCCACUUCCGAUGUACCUGCCGUACAUGCCGCAUGAUGUGACGCCCUACUGGCACCUGAACUAUACCUUCAUCACGGUCAUGAACUUAAUGUGUAUACUGUUUCUGGUCGGCAUUGACGGGCUACUGGUGCUGUCUAUUCUGGCUGCCGUGCACCAAAUCAAGCUGCUAAAGAUAACCAUCCAGGAGCUGGACAUCGGUGCGGAGCAGGCGGAGCUUCACCGCGAGUUAGUACGCAUUAUUCAGAUACAUCAACGCAUCCAGCAGUUCAUCCACCAGCUAGAACAAACGUACUACAUCGACCUGUUGGUGGACUUUGGUCUUGUUUGUCUGAUCCUGUGCAUGGGACUGAACGUGAUCGCCGACGAAGUAAUCAAUGCGAUUUGGUUCUUUCUGAUUGCGGUCGUGUUUCAGCUAUCUUUGCUAUGCUUCAGUGGCAAUCUACUGCUGAUCGAGAGCGACUCACUGUCGAGCUGUGUGUACUCGAUCGAUUGGCACGCGAUGCCGGUGCCGGAGCAGAAGCUGCUCAUGGUUAUGAUCGCGCACGCACAAAAGCCUCAGGUGCUGAGAGGCAUCUUUAUGCCACUGAUCAUGUCUAGCUUCCUGUCGGUAAUUAAAGCCAGCUACUCCUAUUUCACAUUGUUGCAUUAAAGGAGAUCGCAGUGGUGCAAGGCGUCAGCAAAGUUCGGCAGGCUAGUUCAUUAUACCAGCGAGAACAUUUUAAGAUUUAAACCCGAACGAAUUUGACGAACAAAAAAAUAGGCUUCUUUAGCUUUGAGCCCCCAAAUGGACCGUGCCCUCAUACGUAGGACUGACUAUCCUACUAAGGGCAAUUAAUAGUGGCUAAAAGCCAAGCCCGCUAAUGGUACAGGCAGGUCUUGACCUAACAACGGUUGUUGUACCAAAGAAGAAGAAGACACGUUUUACCACAACAAAUGUUUAUUCCGAAUUAAUCAUUUAUACAACGUAUAAUAACUCAAAAUACACUUAAAUUUUGUUUGCACAGUAAUUUGCUUUUGAAAACAGAGAAGAUUGGCUAGAACAGCGGUUGGCAAACUUUUGAGGCAAAGGGCCAACUUUUGUAGUCCAUUCCAUAAAAAAGGCUUUUUGUUUAUGUAAAUAUUACGGCGAUAUUAAUCACGAUCUCGAACAUACUGAACGAUCCGUUAGUCCAAAGUACUUUAAUUAAAGUUAAACGAGUACGAUGGUGUAAAAUGUUAUGCUAAACAUUUUUAUACGAAUAGUUUCUUCCCAUCUUUCAAAAUCAGUCAAAACCUUUCGCGGGCUGGAUUGAAUGUUGGGGCGGGCUGCAUUUGGCCCGCGGGCCGUACUUUACCGACCGCUGGGCUAGAACAUUGACUUAUGGAGAUAUUACCCUGUAUAGAAUUGGUAUUUAGUAUGCAGACAAUUUACAUUAUAGUUAAGCAACGUAAACAAUGCAGCUCAACACAUAGGCCACUCACAAAAACUUUCGACAUACGAAAAAUGUAUAAGCGUAGCACAUUUGGUUGAAUAGUAAGCGAUAAAUAGUGUAAUCUGAGAUACUUGUCCUUCGAGGACAUUAACAAUAUUAUUACGGAUAAGGGGAGAAUCUAAAAGAGCGGGUAUAUACCGGGACUGUUUUGGGAAUCUGAUAGAUACAUCUGAAUAUCAUUGACAUUCAAUUUAUAUUGCCUAAACCAUUUUAAAGACCCGGGCCUGAGUGUAAAGUCCAAAAACUGUCCAGGCAGAAUAUUGCUAAGAGUUGCUAAUAAAAACAUGGCAUGCUCUAAAACCAAAGUGUUUGAAUAAUUUUAAACAGAUAUUAUGAAAACAGUAGAAAAAGCAAUAAGUAAAAGCAGAAAACAAACAUGUGAACCAAAACCUACCGAAGAGAAACGUACAUGUUUAUACAGAGAUGAAGUUUUUAAUUGGACUAUAAUUUAUUGCUGAUUCUGAAGGGCAGCUUUGAUCAUAGUAUUACGAAAAAAAGCAAUCGCUUAGUUACUUAAAUAAAGUAACAAGCUUAAACUAAUAUUUUAAAUAUAUCUGAUAAACAUGAAAAAUAGAAACAUCCUCAUAAAUAGUCGUCGAAUUUUGCUUGAAAUGUAAAAAAAAAUCUCAGUGAAGAGGUAAUUAUUCUACCGCAAACAGAAAAAAAAAGUUUUUAUGUUUGACGUAAUUUGCAUUCAAAUAGAGCUCCGCGAUUUGUUCGAAAAUUCACGCUACUUACCAUAUGGGUUUUCUCUUUCAGAAUUACAGUUUCAUCUUUCUACAUCAUCGCAAGCAAGCUGUAUCUGUUACGUUCGCGAUUAUUAUUUCCGCAUCGAACGUGUCAAACUGUAUAUUCGCAAGGUACGCGAUCACCUUAAACUAGAAACCGGGUACGUUGCAUGUAAAAGCGUAAUAAAUAUGCGACACAAAUACUAACAUGCGACACUCACGCGUACAUACACUUAUGUACUAUUUAUCCUCGGAAAGGAUAAACUAACACCCUAAAAUUGUAUGGGCUUCCGGGGGUAUAAAAGAAACCGAACAUUGAAUAAUGAAACCAUUCGGAUUUUGCAACUCUAAGAAAUCUCGUCUUUUUUAAUUUUGCAUAUUCGGAUCACGAAAGAAAUCUCUCUUUUUUUUCUUCUGCGGCACAAAAUACACGAGCAUCGCAAUCGGCAAACCAAACAAUCCUCUCAGCGCACUUUCCAGGCACCACACACACACACCGCAAGGUCACUAAUAAUCACGCGUGUGCGUACGCAUUCUGCUCAAUUGAAUCCUGCACUGAUCUCUAACGACACGCACACUCACACGCAUACUUAUCAAACGAGCACGGCACUUGAACACAAAAACACGGACACCUGUUCUCCUUUGAUUAAAAGCGACUGCUCUUACCUGAAUAUUAUUCCUCCAGCAAUGAAUGAAUGUGCUCAUGUUCUCACCUGUGACACCUUUGGGUGAUGUGGUUUCAACUAAAUGAUCACGAAUUCGUAACGAAUCACAAUAUCAUCAUGAUCUCAGCAACCUGGCUCAAGAAUGGCAUUGCCUCGUCCGCACUUUUUGAUGGCCGAUACUGUUAUGUGUUUGGUAUUCACUUAUUUAUUUAACAUUUAUUGAAACAAGAGAUACAUCAUAAAUAAGAUACACAAGCGAUAAACACAUAAAAGAGAUACGUACGGGCCGCGCACCAGCCGCACCGAGCGCUCCUGCUCGAUCGGCUCGUUAACACACUCUGAUCGUGCGGCACUCGACACACACUAAGCUUCGCACGUCUAGUGUUUGCGAGGGUGUGCGUGAUACAUGAAUGAAUUGAUUCUCAAUGUGCAAAGCUUUAAAUUAGUUCUAUUGCUUUUGAAUGUUUAAACG